AUGCCAUCUGAUAUUAAGCAUCGAUAUCAAAAGGGACCUGUAAUGAAGAAGGAUAACCCGCAUGUGGAAGAAGGCGUUCAGUGGCCAGCACUUAUGAAAGCUACCCAUCGUCGAAGCUUGGAUGCCUCUGCAAAGAAAGACAUUGCUGAAAAGGCAAGCAAGUUGUAUAGUCGAGAUCAUGAUGAGCCUCUUUACAUCAAUGUGGAUACUGGUGCAGCCAUGAGACGUGAGGAUCUUCCUCAAGAUAGCGAGAUUAUCGAUUAG